ACAACAAAAAAAUCAUGACAAUCCAACUUCCGAUAAUUAAAAUGCAUUUAACAACAUCUGAUGAGUAGAUAAUAACCAUAUCAAAUACUUAUUUUGAACUGUUUAUCUUUAUCUCUUGUUUAGACCUAUUGUUAUGGCUGAUUAUCCUUGAUAUCCUGCCUAUCAUUUUAAAUCCACCCACUUUACAUGUGUUAUAACAAUCACUAGAAUAGCUGAAAUAUUGGGCCUAGUUGAAAACUGGCUGCAUCACAUGAGAUCAUGUCAGCAAUCCACUGACAUGGUUCAAUCAAUUAGCAAGCCACUGCUGUUGGAAACAGGGACUUUGAAGCAAAGGAACAGUCUGUAAAUAAUUUGACUUAGAUUACAACUUAUUUUACGACAUGUCCGGUAUAAAGUUUCACAAAUACAAAGCACUAGGCAGUGAUUUCCUUAUUGUUGAUAAUCGGCAGAACACGUUUGCCUGCAAUGAAGAUGUGAUCAAGACCAUGUGUGAGAGACACACUGGAAUUGGUGCACAGGGCUUGAUAGCCAUCCAAAGUCAUCCUUCCUGGGACUUUGAAAUGAGUUUCUACAACAUACAAGGAAAACCUGGAUCAUUGUGUGCAAUGGCAAUGAUGUGCGCCAUACAAUACGCAAUAGACAUUAAGUUAUCCUUGAAGGCAGAGAUUUAUUUCAAAUCACGACAUGGAAUUCACUCAGCCAAGUCCUAUGCAGAAGAACAUGCAAUAAGGAUUAAAUUUCAUGAUUUGGACACCAUAACCAAGCUGGAUGAGUUGAACUAUUAUGUUGACAUUGGGGUACCCCAUCACAUCCAGUUCAAACCAAACGUUUAUAGUCUGGAUCUUCACAAGGAAAGUCUGGAUUCUCAAGGAUAUAGAUAUUAUGGAGAUCUUAUCAGUUUUGUUCACUGUGAUGAAGAUCGUAAAAUACAUGUGCGUACUUAUAAUCGAAGAUUAGAGUUGGAGACAAUGUCAUGUGGAACAAGUGCUGUUGCAGCAGCUAUUGCCCUUGCCUUCAAAAAGAAGAAAUUCAAAACAAGGGAAAAACCAAAUAAAAAGGUUAAGCGUGUUGUCAACAGAGGGGGAGAAAUGGCAGUGACAUACGAUCAAACUGGUGAUCUCGAGUUCACAGAUAUAUCAGUGGUUGGCAGAGCACAAACAGUGUUUCAGGGGAACUAUAUUUGUGGACUGGAUGAAUAUGUUAUAAUUUAA